AUGACGAAGACCGAGAAUCGCAAUGGCGGUGCAGUCGCCUUCGAGCUCAAUAGAAAGACGAAGACUUCCACAGUGGUAACAACAAGCGCAACCAUCAGCAGAGGAGAUGACACAUAUAGCAAUAGCAAUAGCAACAGCCUCACCUUUGACACCCCCAAGACCACACACAAGAGCACGCCCAACGCCCCUUCAUCGCCUGAAUCUGAUCUCACCUUUUCCCAGCGUUGGACACGAGCCAUUGAUUCUGUGAGAGUCCGUCUUUGUGGAUUCCUCAAGAUCAUUACUCACUCUGCCGCCACUCAUCCUUGGACUUACGUCAUUGGCAUUACAAUCCUCAGUAUUGGAUUGGUUGCUGCGGGACUCUUCACCAACUUUCAAGUGGAAACCAAUGGAGAUGUUUUGUGGCCUCCUAAGGGAUCCACCACCAAGCAACAUCAAAACUGGAUCGAAAAUGAAAGCAGCUUUUCACAGGAGCUAGACUAUAGUGUCAUUUACGUUCACCUAGAUGGAGCCAAUCUUCAAGAAGAUGCACUUCAAGCCGUCACUCGAGCCUUUGAAGUUCGCGACAUGGUACAAGCAUUGCCAGGAUAUACUGACCUUUGCGACAGCCCAUACACCGACCCUGUCACCAAUGUUACCAUGGAAUGCUUCCACCAUGGAGUCGUAGACUUUUGGUGGCAGUCCCUAAAAAUUUUCCAGCUAUCCGUGGAUUCAAAUGAUGAGGCCACUGUUGGCAUGUCCGAAAAUCAAUUCCCUUACGGAAGGGACGUCGACCCUGAUCGCAUUUACGGAAAUGCCAAAUACGACCAAGCAGGCCUAUUGACACACACUGAGGGAUACCGCAUUGAUAUGCUAUUUCCCCUUCGAGACGAAUCCAAACAAUUCGUGUCAGAACAAGUCGUUGACGCUGUCUUCCAAUUGCAGGAACAAUGGGAUGCACGAGACGUAAACAGUCCCUACAAGUAUCAGCUCGAAGUACUCCAAUCCACAUCAUUCGACGACGAAUUCGACAGAGCCGUCGCCAACGAUCUACCACUCAUGCCGGCUGCUUUCAUUGUCAUGAGCAUUUUCUGCUGCAUUGUAUUUGCACAAUGGGAUCGGGUCAGGUCACAAUCGUUGCUAGGAUUUGGUGCCGUUGUGGGGGUACUAUUCUCCGUCUUUACAUCAUACGGAAUUUUCUUCCUCGCCGGAGUACCCAUGACAUCUGCCACACAAAUCGUUGUCUUUGUCAUGUUUGGAAUUGGUCUAGAUGAUGCAUUCAUCAUUUCCGGAUCCUACAGUCGCACUGACACAAAAAAAGAUCCUGUCCAACGAGUGGCGGAUACCAUCGACGACAUUGGUUUGUCCAUUGCUCUCACCACAUUGACGUCGGCCUUGGCAUUCGGCCUGGGAUGCAUCAGCAGUAUUACCGCCGUAUAUUGGCUAUGUCUCUAUGCAUUCCCUACCAUCAUUAUCGACUUUCUAUACCAAAUCACAUUCUUCAUAAGUCUCAUUGUCAUUGACGAACGACGCAUCCAACGAAACAAAAUCGAUUGCCUCGUCUGCAUUGACGCUGGAAACAAAUACACGGAAAACCAAAAACAAAUUGAAAAUCAAGAAGCGCAAGACGAUGGCGACAAACCAGAACAACAGCUCGCGGAAAAGCCCAGCUUGUCCUCUCGCUUCAUGGAUAUGUAUGCCCGGUUCUUGCUGCGUCCCUUUGUCAAGGGGGUUGUCGUGUUGGCAUUCGCAGCCUUACUUGGAGCAUGCAUCUACGGAACUACACAACUGCGACAGGAGAUGGAUUUUAUUGAUCUUGUCCCGUCGGAUUCAUAUGUCAAAGACUAUUUUGAUUUCCUGGAUGCACAUAGUCCCAGCGUAGGCAUCGGUGCGGACGUCUACUUUCGAUUCGUGGACCAAUCGGACCCUUUGAUUCGACAAGAAAUGAAGGACUAUUUGCUAGACUUGGCCCAAAACGACUGCAUCCAAAAGGAUCCUCCCUACAUAUGGAUGAACGACUUUGACAAGUUUGUGGCCAAAGAUUUGGUAUUGAACAGAAGCAAUGCAACUCUGACGUUUAAUGAACAACUCGACGCUUUCUUGGAGGAUCCCUUGUACAAUAGUCUCUACGACCACCAUAUUGUACGCGACAAGUUCGGCAACAUUACCGCAUCACGCGUUGAUGUGCACAUGGAUAUUGAUUUGGGAGACUCCAGGUUUCUUCAGGAUCGCCUCAAAUUGAUCCGACACGUUGAAGGAGAACAACCCAUGAAUCAGGGAUUGGCUGGCCCUGACCAGAGAUGCUUCAUCUUCGAAGACACCAUGAAUAUGUGGGAGUUCUAUGCUGUUGUGCCGGAGGAAUUGACGUUUACCACUGUUGCUAGUGUGGUUGCUGUCAGUGUUAUUGGGCUGGUCUUUAUCCCGCACUGGACGGCAAUCUUCUUUGUCGUCCCAUCGAUCGUGACGGUCUACAUUGACCUCCUGGGCCUGUUGUACUUUAUGGGUGUUGCCGUGAAUCCCGUGAGCUACAUUACGUUGGUGAUGAGUGUUGGUCUCUUGGUCGACUUUGUCAUGCACAUUCUGUUGCGGUACUAUGAGUGCCACGGACCCCGAGAGGAGCGUGUUAAGGAAACCCUGCACACCAUGGGAAGCUCCAUUCUGGUUGGAGGUAUUUCUACCUUUCUGGGUGUCAUGCUCUUGGCCUUUAGCACGAGCGAGAUUUUCAGGACUAUCUUCCGAGCUUUCAUUGGACUCGUCGCACUUGGAAUUGGUUACGGGCUUAUCCUGUUGCCGGUUGUCCUGUCCAUGGUUUGA